AUGAGUCAAUCAAGACAAACAUCUGGUUUAACAACAUCUACAUCUCAUUAUACAUCAUCCAGAUCAUUAAAUUCACCAUCAAUAAAAGCACUUCAACUUGAAUAUGCAAAAUUACAAAAAGAACCAGUAGAAGGUUUUACUGUUAAACUUGAUGAUGAUUCAAAUUUGUACAAAUGGCAUGUGGGAAUAUUUGGACCACCAGAUACUCUAUAUGAAGGUGGUUAUUUUAAAGCUGAUAUGGAAUUUCCAACAACUUAUCCAUUUGCUCCACCAAAAGUACGUUUUCUUACAAAAAUGUGGCAUCCAAAUAUAUACGAAAAUGGUGAAGUAUGUAUAUCAAUUCUCCACCCACCAACUGAAGAUCCACAAUCAGGUGAACAUCCAAGUGAACGUUGGAAUCCAACACAAAAUGUACGAACAAUUUUAAUGUCAAUAAUAAGUUUAUUAAAUGAACCAAAUUGCUCAUCACCUGCUAAUGUUGAUGCAAGUGUUAUGUAUCGAAAAUAUAAAGAAAAUAAAGAUAAUGAAUAUGAAACAAUAAUAAAAAGACAAGUUAAUGAAUCACGAUUAAUUGCUGAACAAGAAGGUAUAACUAUACCAAAAACACUUGAUGAUUAUGUUGCACCAUCACGUGCUGGUGCACUUGGAUUAAAUAAUGGAAAAAAUGGUAAAAAAUCCGCUUAUAAUACCUUAUCACAUGAAGAUGAUGUUGAUCUAGGAAUUGAUGAUGAUGAUGAUCAAGUGGCUGAUAUGGCUGAUGAUGAUGAUGGAUCUUAUGAUGAAAGUGAUUAA